AUGUAUAUCUAUAUAUGCGUGUGUGUAUCUGCACACAUGUGCAUGCGUCCAAAAUAGAAACAUACCGUUCGCUAUAUAUAGGCCGCGCGCGCCACGCCCCACUCCAUCAUCGAUCUAUCGUUCUAUCUAAGCAUCUAGUACUAGUAUAGCAACACAAGCCUGCUUGCCCCAGCCCUAGCAAGGCUAGAACACAGACUACUACACAGUAAACUCUUGUCAAUAAUUCCACACUGUUUCUAGCUAGCGGCGAUUACUAUCACAGGCCGCAGAGGCUGCUGCAGGGAGCACAGAAGCAAGCACACACGCCAAGAAACCAAAGCGAGCGAGGAAAGCAGCCAGAGACACCAGGGGAGCACCGAAGCUGUAGCUCAUCAUGGGGAUCGAGAGCACGAGCCCCACGGCGGCGGAGGGCUCCUCCGCCUCCGCCUCCUCCUCCUCGCGCUCCACCGGCGCGUCCACGGCCACCACGGUGUCCGGCGCCGCGCAGCAGCAGCUAGCCGCAGCGCCGACCGGCGGGGACGAGGUCUCGCCGGCGGACGAGCAGGCCGUCACGUCGCAGCCGUCGGCGGCGGCGGUGGCGCAGGGGUCCUCGCGGUACAAGGGCGUCGUGCCGCAGCCCAACGGGCGCUGGGGCGCGCAGAUCUACGAGCGCCACGCGCGGGUGUGGCUCGGCACGUUCCCCGACGAGGAGGCCGCCGCGCGCGCCUACGACGUCGCCGCGCUCCGCUACCGCGGCCGCGAGGCCGCCACCAACUUCCCGGGGGCCGGGGCGUCGGCGCCCGAGCUCGCCUUCCUGCUCGCGCACUCCAAGGCGGAGAUCGUCGACAUGCUCCGGAAGCACACCUACGCCGACGAGCUCCGCCAGGGCCUGCGCCGCGGCCGCGGCAUGGGCGCCCGCGCGCAGCCCACGCCGGCCUGGGCGCGCGCGCUGCUGUUCGAGAAGGCCGUCACGCCCAGCGACGUCGGCAAGCUCAACCGCCUCGUCGUGCCCAAGCAGCACGCCGAGAAGCACUUCCCGCUCAAGCGCUCGCCGGAGGCCGCCACCGGCAAGGGCGUGCUCCUCAACUUCGAGGACGGCGAGGGCAAGGUGUGGCGGUUCCGGUACUCGUACUGGAACAGCAGCCAGAGCUAUGUGCUCACCAAGGGAUGGAGCCGCUUCGUCCGGGAGAAGGGCCUCCGAGCCGGGGACACCAUCGUCUUCUCCCACUCCACAUACGGCCCGGAGAAGCAGCUCUUCAUCGACUGCAAGAAGACCAAGACGACGGCCGCCACCGACGCGGCGCCGGCGCCGGUGCCGGCCGCCGCAACAGCGGAGAAACCAAAGGAAGCCGCCCGUGUAGUCAGGCUGUUCGGCGUGGACAUCGCCGGAGACGGGUGCCAGAAGAGGGCACGGCCGGUGGAGAUGGCGUUCGAGCAAGGCCAGGGGUUCUUGAAGAAGCAAUGCGUGGCUCAUCACCGCUCUCCUGCCCUAGGUGCCUUCUUGUUAUAGCAGCGAUCAUAUGCAUAGUAUUCUAGUUCUUCCCCUUUUCUUGCUUCGCCUGUUUGAUCUCAAUCGAAUCCAAAUUCUAGUGUCUGUUCUUCGUCUUUGCAAAGAACUUGUUAUGUCAGACUGCGGCAAGACGAGUUGUAUGUACACCACCAUUGUUAGGAAGUCUUGAGAUGGUAGUAGUAGUAACCCUACAAGAUCAUGCAAGUUUGUGCCAUCAUCGAUCGAGUACAGCAAUAAUAAGUUUAUUUCGAUAUGCUAGAUGUCGAAGAUGUGAUUUCUUCC